AUGCAUCCUCUUUCCAUCGUCGCAGCCCUCGCUGCCACUUCAGCAGCCUUCAGAAUCCCCGAGGGCGCAACCGACGGCACCUAUCUAGCCUACCACGACGAGUCAGGCAAUGAGGUCCACGUCAAAGACCCCAAUCCCAUCACCGUGGCCGGCCUUGCCUCGGCUGAUACUGAGGCGCGAGCCGUGAAGAGACCUGGCCUCUCACGGGCCCGCCGCUCCCCAGCCCCAAGCGAGCUCUUCGAGCGCGCGGCCACCGUGUGGUGCGGCUGCGGCAACUUCUUGAACAACAUCGACUGUGACCGCGUCGUCCAACAGAUCAAGAACGACAUCAACGCCGCGGGCGGCCAGUCCGAUGUUGGACCCGGCCUUGCGUGGUACAAGAUCAGCGGCAACGUCGUCGCGUUCCUUUGCGGCCGUGGGCCCGGUAGCGGUCGCAUCUCUGAGGGUAGCUUCGCUGCGGGUCUUGCGACUAUUACGAGCGCUUGUGGUUACUAUGUCGCAGGAACCAUCGAGAAUGGCAACCUUGACAUCGGCUACAUGAACAAUGACCCCAACGUUUGGUUCUGCGAGAGAGCCCGCUGGUCUACCAAGCAUGAGUGCUAG